CCUAAAGAAAAAAAAAAAAAGAACACCAAAUCAUAGUCAUUCAUACUCCCUCCAUGAUUUCAACAAUACUCUCCGAAUCCGAACAGGAUAAGCUCAUCAGGAAACUCGAAAUCUUCAAGAUCCAAGGCCGGGACAAGCGCGGCCGCCCAAUCCUCCGCAUCAUCGGAAAAUACUUUCCAGCGAGGCUCGUCAGCGUGGACGCCCUGAAGAAGUACCUGGAGGCCGAGAUUUUUCCGGGAUUGGAGGGGCGGCGGUUCUCGGUGGUUUACGUCAACACGGAGGUGAACCGGGCCGACAACUUCGCCGGAAUAUCGGCCCUGAGGUCCAUAUACGACGCCGUACCGGUCAAGGUCUGGGAGAAUCUGGACACGUUUUACUUCCUCCACCCGGGCCUCCAGUCCCGCCUCUUCCUCGCGACCCUCGGCCGAGUACUCUUCGCCUCCGGCGGCGGGUUGUACGGGAAGGUGAAGUACGUGAACAGGGUGGAGUUUUUGUGGGAUUAUGUGAGGAGGAUAGGGUUUGAGAUGCCGGAGUUCGUGAGCGAGUUUGACGAGGAGAUGGAGUGCCGGGGCACGCUCGAUUACGGGCUUGAGAGCGAUCAUCCGGGCUUGGAAAGGGCCUGUUCGGGCCUCGAUUCCGCGGUUUCUACUUAUUCCAUGAGGUGUAUUGCUUAGGGAUAAUGUGAGUCGGGCCAUGGGCUGGAGCUUGGCUCAAGAUUGGUUGGGCCUAACCUUGGCUCGCUUUGUUUCUUUUUCACUUUUUGUGUGUGUGUGUGUGUGUG